AAUUGCGCUUAAAUUAGUUCAUGUCUGAGUGUUGCUCCUAAUUUAAUUUGCCGUUUCUUGAUUCGUCUCUUAUUUUAUUUAGCAGAAGGAUCUGUUACCACAAACAUGAGCGCCAGAGGUGGAACCCCUUAUAUUGGCAGUAAAAUAAGUUUGAUUUCCAAGGCUCAGAUUCGAUAUGAAGGAAUAUUGUCUUCUGUGGACACGGAGAGGUCCACAGUUGCUUUGGCCAAAGUUAAAUCCUAUGGUACAGAAGACCGGAGCACGGAGCGACCAGUGCCGCCAAAAGAUGAGAUAUAUGAAUAUAUAAUAUUCAGAGGAAGUGACAUUAAAGAUAUCACUGUAUCUGAACCCCCAAAGCCACACCAUGGGCUUCCUCGAGACCCUGCCAUUGUUCAGUCAUCCAUGGACCCUUCCUCUGGAUAUCACCCAUGCUGGAGUCCAUACAGAGAAAUGAUGCCCACCUUUAACCAGCUGGCUGCAAGUAAUCUGCUGAGUCAGCAGUACAAUGCAGCACUUGGCCUAAUGCCAGGGCUUCAUGGUGCAGCCAGAAGGGCACCUAUGGUGGAGCAGGCUGUCCAAACCAUGCCUUUGGCCGCAGCCGCACAGAGGAAGGGAAAGACUUCAUCCCAGCCGCAGGACAGGCUGCCUGUUCGUCCAACAGGCUCCUCACAAGAUGUUUCUCGGGUUCAGAAAGAGAAUUUGCCCACCGGCAAACAGAAUCAACCAUCACAAUCGGCUGUAACUAAAGCACAAGGUCCUGACAGCCAGAAAACAAGACAAAAACAAGGCAGCCGCAGGUCCAGGACCAGAACUCGAGGCCAAUUGUUGGCAAAAAACUCCCAAGUUGGAGCUCUGGUGUUUGAGGCAGAUUUUGACUUUGAAAUGGCAAAUGCUGAGUUUCGAGAUCAUCUGACCAAGGAGACUACAGUAGACGAGAAGCUGGACUCUGAGGAGGCCCAGGACACAAAGAAUGGGAAAGAGGAGGAAACUCUAGCAAAGUACUACAACAAAGCUAAAUGCUUCUUCGACAACAUCUCAUCAGACCCCAAAUCCAGGAGAACUACCUGGGCGGAGGAGAAAAAGCUAAACAUGGAAACAUUCGGAGUGCCCGGCCGCUUUCUGAGAAGCAGAGGAUUCAGGGGACGUGGGCGCAGAGCGGAGAGCACCACAGAGCAGCCAACCCUCCCAAAGACUGGCAGUGGGAGGGUGUGAAGACUUUCUUUUGUUAAUGCUAUUGUAAAUAUUGCUGUUUUCUACUUUAAAUGUAUCUCCCUAACUUUACCUCCUUUUUCAUUAAUUUAAUGUGUUUUGAAUCAUUUGCAUGACAAUGGGAGAGGGAUUUAUUUUUAAUCCAGCAGCUGUGAUCCUGUAACGAUGAAUGCUCAGGAGAGGCUUUCUGUUCAUUUAAGUGUAGA